UUCUGUGCCAAAUAAUUUAAGAACGCUCUAAAGCCAUGUCUGAUUCUAUCCAUGACUCACCAACGUCAUUGUAUGCCGUGUCUCCAGGGUCAUCUAGUCGGUGUUCAACUCCAAGUUCUGUUAGUUCGUUAUUGUCCUCAUCGGGACCAAUAACUGGAAAUGAUGAUGAAUGUACCCGAGACGACAGCCCGAGUCUUAGUAACUCAUCGUCCAGUGUAGACGAUAACGUCAGAAGAAAAAGACAGAAAGGAACUGGCCGUGGUAGAAUAACUUUCUAUGCCUACCAACUUACUGGACUCACACAAGUAUUCGAACAGGAACAGUAUCCUGACCCGGCUCAGCGACAAAAAAUAGCAGAUGCACUGGAGUUGGAGUUUGACACAAUCACGAGAUGGUUUCAAAACCGACGUGCCAAGUACCGACGUGAAAGGAACAAUACAGUGCAUGUAAAAGAGGAAGGCUAUGGAUAUAGCAUGUCAGCGAAAGAAGGAAGGCAAGAGACAACCGUGACACCACCGCCCACAUCUUCAACUCUUACAAAUAGACAAGUUAUCUUGUUUAGGAUGGAUUCAAUUCUUCAGCCCUCUCCUCGAGCACAUUUCAGUGGCGAAUCUACGCCUACAUCCACUUAUAAAGAUGCAGAAUCACCAGCACCCGGUUUUAAUAGUUAUUAUGAAUAUAACCCAUAUUAUUACCCACCAUAUAUGCAUCACUACUACCCUAUUGUUCCUGCGCACUCUAGAACCAUGUAUUCUCCAAAGACAAGAGGGCCAAAUUCGGGGCCACCGGAGCAACCUUUGGAUUUAAGCUGUGGUGAAAAGAAGCGUUCAUGCGACGACAACGAGAGCGGGGAGCCGGCAUUCAAACGAAGAAAAAUAGUGGACGAUUGUAAACUGUUAAAUUCGAAUUUUACCCGUGCAGAAAUUACGCCUGCCAUAAAACACGGGUCAUCACGGGAAAUGUUCAAUAGAGACAGUGUGUAUUAUUCGAAGUUUGCAUCGAUGAACAAUCCAUCACCAUACUACAGCUUAUUUGCAUAUAAUUACGGAAAAUGUCAAGAUGUGAUGCGAUAUGAUUGGGCUACUGAUGGAUUUGGAUCGAUGACGUCAACGCCAUUACACUCCUCGGGACAUAUACCUUAUGGAUACUAA